GUGCUCGAGGCGAGGUUGAUGGUGCUGCGAGCGACGGCGGAGCGGGAUGCGGCGAUGGAGAAGGCGAAGGCGACGGAGAAUUUGUAUCGCGCGAUGGAAUUUAGAGAGCGCCAGACGGCGAAGAGACGGAACGAGAAGGCGGUGGUUCGACCGCACGUCCCAGUCAGCGAUGGUCGCGAAGCGCAGAAACGUAAAGCGCUCGUACGCAUUCUCCACUCGCUUCGAGCGCACGCCGUGGCGCAGUUGGAGCGCAUCGAUGGGCUCGAGUACGACGAACGCAUUCGCAACGCCGCGCGGAUCGGGCGAUAG